AUGGACGCGGCCCUCGAGCUACUCGAUCCUCUUAUCUUCGAUAAGGCAUAUGCCUAUCUUCAUCCCGCGCCAAGCGCCUUCGCUGGCAACGCGACGUUGCCCGCCGUGGCCGAAUCAGCAUGGCCGCGCGACAACAUCAUCCGGCAAUGCAUCUCCAUCCUGACCGUCACCCAGAUCGGCGCCUCGCUGCUGUACUGGGUCUUCUCGGCCCUGUCGUACUACUUCAUCUUUGACCGCCGGUUAGAACACCACCCGCGCUUCUUGAAGAACCAGGUCCGCCAGGAGAUCCAGUCGUCCAUGAACGCAAUCCCAUGGAUCAAUCUCAUGACCCUCCCCAUCUUCCUUGCCGAGGUGCGGGGCAAGAGUCUGCUAUACACCGACGUUUCUGACUACGGGUGGGCGUGGAUGGGAGUCUCGACCGUGCUGUACAUUGCUUUCAACGACAUCAUGAUCUACUGGAUUCACCGCCUGGAGCACCACCCCAGCGUCUAUAAGUACAUCCACAAGCCCCAUCACAAGUGGAUCGUCCCGACCCCGUGGGCCGCGCUCGCCUUCCACCCUGCAGACGGCUUCGUGCAGUCGCUGCCGUACCACUUCUUCGUCUUCAUCUGCCCGAUGCAGAAGUACCUCUACAUGGUCAUGUUUGGCCUGGUACAGAUCUGGACCAUCCUGAUCCACGACGGCGACAUGAUCUCGGGACACUGGACGGAGAAGUUCAUCAACAGCCCGGCCCACCACACGCUGCACCACAUGUACUUUACCGUCAACUACGGCCAGUACUUCACGUGGGCCGACUACUACUUCGAUUCGCACAGGUCGCCGAAGCCUGAGCUGGAUCCCAUCCACGAGGCGCUGCGCGUCAUGCGUGAAAAGGGGCUCGUAGACGAGCAAGGCAACCCCAUUCCGCAGAAGCCAAAAACUGAAUAA